AUGCCAGGCGGCGAGGGGUCCCCGAUCAAUCUCCUCGGGCACCGUGCAUCGACCACGUCUGGCGAGUGCGCGACGAACAGUGGUGACGAGGAUGACGAUAAAACGACGACGACGACGACGACGACGACGGGCACCGUACCGAGCACGAUGACGAACGUACUCGCGGGCGACGGUCUCAGACGGAGGAAGGUCAUACACGCGGCCAAAGAAACCUUCGACAAGGCAUCCCGUCUUCUUAGACGGAAGAUACCAUGCACCGGCCACUUGAUGACCCCCCGCCGCCUAUGGAUACAAAAGGUUCCAACUCAGGAAUGCGACGUCGUAAUGAUGUUCCCGAGUGGAGCGAGCGACGAGACUUUGAUGUGGCUUCUAGGUCGCCUACGGGCUGGAACCCCGGGCCUAGUUGUACACGUCCGACACCACGCCUCGUCGGAUAGUUACGGAUUUUACUUAACAGCCCCAUUUAGCGUAUCGUUAAAGGCCGCCGAGGAGGUACAUUUGCCAAAGACGCUGCGUCAGGAAUUCGGCGGUGGUCUGAAAGAGUUCGUUGGUUCCGAGGCGAGUUGCUUCGAGGGAAGCGACGACGAAGCUCAAUUCUUCACCACUCAGGAAAGGCAAUCCCUGGUCCUGCACCUCCUGCACACGCUCAGAGCGGGGCCUCAGGACCUUCACAGUCUGUCCGGUCUUAAGAUGGUGGAAGGACAAGCAAUUAUUCCAAAGUGCAUUUCUUCUGGGAUCAUUUCCCAGGUCUUCCCUCUUCACGAAUUGCCUGCGUUGGAGAAGCUGCAACGGACAUGGGUCCGUGCGUUUCUCAGCCCUCAACCAUUGGACGAUAUUUGUAAAUACUUCGGAGUAAAGAUUACAAUGUAUUUCGCGUGGCUCGGCCAUUACACCACCGCUUUGAUCGUUCCAGCUGCAGUGGGUGCCAUAUAUUGGGUCGGCAUCAUCGGCAGGAAUCAAGCGGUGGAAGACGUGGCCUACGUUCUGUUUUCCGUCUUCAACGUGAUCUGGGCCACCGUUUAUCUGGAGACCUGGAAGCGACGAGGCGCCGAAUUGGCCUACAGGUGGGGCACCUUGGAUCAGAGAGAUGACCUACUUGUCGAGCCCAGACCUUUAUUCACGGGCACCUUGGAGAUCUCACCUGUGACAGGACGACUGGAGCCAACUUACCCGAGAUGGAAGAGAAACAUAUUCCGGUACUUCGUCAGCGUACCGAUCAUCGCGGCGUGCUUAUUCUUUGUUUUCAUCGUGAUGAUCCUGAGCUUCCAGAUACAGGACUGGUGGGACGCUCGACUGGAAUCCGGGGGAUACGGGUUCUGGCUGAGCUACGUGCCAAAAGUUUUACUCGCCGUGGUGAUAGCUUUAAUGGACGAGGCUUACUUUAAGGUCGCCGUAUGGUUGAACGACAUAGAAAACUAUCGGCUAGACACCGAGUACGAGAAUCAUCUGAUCUACAAAGUGGCACUGUUUCAGUUUGUAAACUCCUUCCUAUCGCUAUUUUACAUCGCCUUCUACCUACAGGAUCAAGAGAGACUGAAAGAGCAAUUGGCCGCUCUGUUGAUCGCCCGUCAGGUGAUCGGCAACUUGAAGGAGUCCGCGGUCCCAUAUGUGAUCGAACAGUUACGACUGGCGCGUUUGAGCUUCGAGCUGUUCGGUGCGCUGAGCCCAAGCGAUGCGACACGACCACCACCUGGCGAAGAAACUGAGAACAAGCCCGGGAAGGAGACCGAGGAAAAGAGCGAGCGUGCCGCCGAGACCGGGAAAACGAAGCAACCGAGAAACGUCAGCCAAGCUGAGCUGGAAAGUUCCCUCUACAGAGUAGGGCAUCCCACUAAUUCUCUACUUAGUGACGUUACGUUCAAGAUAUCCACCAAAAAGUACGAUGGAGCAUUCUCGGAGCAUCUGGAAAUGCUGGCGCAACUCGGUUACGUAUGCCUGUUCUCCUCUGCGUUCCCGUUGGCCGCCAUGGCGGCGUUGCUGGGCAAUCUGCUCGAGCUUCGUGGCGAUGCCUUCAAGCUUUGCUUCGUUCUCCAACGGCCGUUCGGACGGAGGGUCUCCAACAUCGGGACUUGGCAAAACGCCAUGGAAGCAAUGGGACUGGUCGCCAUUUUGGUGAACUGCGCGUUGAUCGGACUGAGCGGACAGGUGCAACGGAUGUUCCCGGAGAUGUCAGCAACCCAGACGAUCCUCUUGAUCGUCGCGCUAGAGCAUAUCAUGCUGGCGAUACGAUUCAUCAUAAUCUGCGCGAUACCGGACAUACCCCACUGGGUGGCCACCGAAAUGGCCAAGGUCGAGUUCCUGAGACGUGAGGCGGUCAGACGUUUGUCGUCGACCCCGUCCCCGGAACAACAACCGUCUACAGUAAUAGGGAGAUUCGUGGUGAGUCCAGCAGACGGUGAGAGCGAAGAACAGCAACUGCUGUCCGAGCAAACCGAUGACGCUACUUCACCCAGCCUACCGGAGAUACCAAAUCUGGCGUCGACCACGCAGACGCCUAGCAGCCCGCCAACGCCGAGCGCGACCUCUGUACCGAGGAUCUCGAAACCGUCGUCCGCCGCCCAGACACCGGGCAGCGUGGGCAGCAGUGACCUGGUCGCCCCUUUUCUAACCGAGAACAACAUGGGCAGCAUUCGCGAUCUUCACAAUUUACCUAGGUGUUCCAUUCCCGGCGGUGAACGAGGUAGACGUUCAAGAGAGUGGCCGCCCGGUGAGCCAGAAGCGUCAGGCGGCGCGGACCAUUACAGUCAUCAUUUAACAAUCGGGCCUCAUGGGGGCGCGGACUGGGUUCGAAGAUUGGGUCUCGAUCAUCCGGGCCGAAAGUCCAGCGAUUCUGAGAUCAGCGAAGCCGGUACAGUCAGUGGAAGUGGUGACGAGCUGCUGCAUCUUCACCGUUCCACCGACUGCAUCGUCUCGAAGGAUCUCGCUUCGUCGUCGGACAGCGACCUCCUUAGAUCGGCCCCGCCGUCGGCGAUGGUGCACAGAAAUCAGAAGUUCCGUUUCUCCCCGGAGAGGGAGAAAGAACGCGAAAAAGCGGAGAAACAACAACACCAACAUCAUCAUCAUCAUCAUCGGGAGAGUCACGAUCACAGACAGCAGCAGUCGUCCCAUUAUUCGGAGAAGGACAAAGAUUCGAGUGGCCUAUCCGACUCGAGUAAGACGAGCCAGGACGAGGAGAAGCCGAACAAAGAGGACCGGGAGGCGAAGAAGACACGGGUGAAGCAGAGUCUAAUGAAGAGGGCCAGAUCCGUCGCCAUUUUCUCGUUGAAGCUCAAGGAACGAAGAGCGAGGGAAGCGGAACUGAAGGCCAAGGAGGCGGAAAAGGAGGCCAGAUGGCAGCAGCCCCAGUCCUGCGUCGGCGGCGAGCUCUCCUGCAUACCCAUAGAGAAGCUUAUAUCCGUGGAUGACAUCGCAGCCAUGGAACUACGCAGACUUAACCAUUAGCCGCUUGUCGUUUCAGUUUCGUUUCACACGCUACGUAGAAACAUUCGUCUAC